CGCCAAAGGAAAAGACAAGGACAAAGGGAAGGACAAAGGGAAGGACAAAGGCAAGGACAAAGGCAAGGAUGAAGACAAGAAGAAGAAAAAGAAGAAAGGAGACAGGUAACACUGUAAAGACCACGUCAUAUGACCACAUGGAAACUUGUGUCACCUUUUCUCUGCUGCAGCUCCUCAGACUCCAACUCCAACUCAGAAGAAGAGGACUCCAUGUCUGAGGGAGAGAUGGCCCGGCUCAUGGAGGAGGUGGAGGAGAAGAAGAAGCUCAUCGCCAACAUCCGAAACAAACCGUGGAGGAUGCACCGCAGGCUCACACACCUCAAGGAGGCUCAGGCGUUCGUGGACAAGUUUGAAGGAGCUCUGGGAAAAGGCAAAGGCCGGAAGUGGUACGCCUACAAAGUCAUGAUGACCAAGAAAUGGAUCAAGUUCCAGCGAGACUUUGAGAACUUCCGGACGUCCUGUAUUCCCUGGGAGAGCCGCAUCAAGGAGGUGGAAAGUCACUUUGGUUCGUCCGUGGCGUCCUACUUCAUCUUCCUGCGCUGGAUGUACGGCAUGAACCUGGUGCUGUUCGGGUUCACCUUUGGCCUGGUGGUCAUCCCAGAGGUUCUGAUGGGUCUGCCGUACGGAUCUAUCCCCAGGAAAACUGUUCCCCGCGACGAGCAGGACACGGCUCAGGACUACUCCGUGCUCAUGGACUUCAAUGGCUACUGUAAGUACUCUGUGCUCUUUUACGGAUACUACAACAGCCAGAGGACCAUAGGACUGCUCAAGUUCAGGCUGCCUCUGUCCUACCUCUUGGUGGGUAUCGGUACCUUCGGAUACAGCCUCAUGGUGGUCAUACGAACGAUGGCUAAGAACGCAGACGUGGGCGGGGGCGAUGGGGAGGAGGGAGAGUUCACGUUUGCCUGGAAGAUGUUCACCAGCUGGGAUUAUCUGAUCGGGAACGCAGAGACCGCCGACAACAAGUACGCCUCCAUCACCACCAGCUUCAAGGAGUCCAUCGUGGAUGAGCAGGAGAACCAGAAGGAUGAGAACAUCCACCUGCGGCGCUUCCUGCGGGUGCUUGCAAACUUCCUGAUCACCUGCAGUCUGGGCGGCAGCGGCUACCUCAUCUACUUUGUGGUCAAACGCUCGCAAGAGUUCGCCAACAGGGACGAUCUCAGCUGGUACGAGAAGAAUGAGUUGGAGCUGAUCAUGUCUCUGCUGGGCCUGGUGUGUCCUCCUCUGUUUGAGACCAUUGCAGAGCUGGAGGACUACCACCCCAGGAUUGCCCUCAAGUGGCAGCUCGGGCGCAUCUUCGCUCUGUUCCUGGGAAACCUCUACACCUUCCUGUUCGCUCUGUUCGAUGAGGUCAACACCAAGCUGGAGGAGGAGCAGUCCAUAAAGAACCAGUCCAUCUGGGCCAUGAAGGAGUACUACGCCAACUUCUCCCGCCUGAUGAACGACUCUGAGGCCACGCCCCCUCCCAUGGACCCCGCUGAUGUCAUCAGGGGCCCGUGCUGGGAGACUGCGGUCGGCAUUGAGUUUGUGAAGCUGACCGUCUCGGACAUCCAGGUGACCUACCUGACCAUCCUGAUCGGAGACUUCGCUCGUGCCGUCAUCGUGCGCUUCCUCAACUACUGCUGGUGCUGGGACCUGGAGGCCGGCUUUCCAUCGUAUGGAGAGUUUGACAUCAGCGGAAAUGUGCUGGGGCUCGUCUUCAACCAGGGCAUGAUCUGGAUGGGAGCCUUCUUCGCCCCUGGGCUCGUGGGCAUAAACGUGCUGCGUCUGCUCACCUCCAUGUACUACCAGUGCUGGGCCGUCAUGGCCACCAACGUCCCCCACGAGAGGGUCUUCAAGGCCUCCAAGUCCAACAACUUCUACAUGGGUCUGCUGCUGCUCAUCCUGUUCCUCAGCCUGCUGCCUGUGGUCUACACCAUCAUGACCAUGCCCCCCUCCUUCGACUGCGGACCCUUCAGCGGCAAAGAGAAGAUGUUUGAUGUGAUCAUGGAGACCAUCGACCUGGACCUGCCCGCCUUCAUGGGGACUCUGUUCAGUUACGCAGCCAACCCGGGUCUGAUCAUCCCCGCAGUGCUGCUCAUGGUGCUGGCCAUCUACUACCUGAACUCAGUGUCUGAGGCCUACAAGAACUCCAACAUGGAGCUUAAGAAGAAGAUGCAGAUGGCUCGAGAUGAGGAGAAGAACCGGAGGAACAACACCAACAGCACCAACCAGGUGAUGAAGGACCUGGAAGACCUGCUGCCCAACCGCUCCCUGGCCCCCCCACAGCCGCCGCCUGAGCCUGAGCCUGACCCAGAGCCCAGACCCACCAAGACCAAAUCGGGCUCAGGGGCCAAAGGAGUGAACGUGCAGAAAGAUGUGGCCCUGGCCUCCCCCAACCCCAACAGAGGGGCCCCUGUGAACAGAGCCCCGGGGCCCCGAGGCAGAGGGCCCCCACCCAGAUGACCUCCAGCAGCGACAGUGACAGUGUGUGUGUGUUAUACAAGUGUGUGUGAAUCUAUGAACGACUGACUAUGAGACCAGGGAACGUUUAGAGUGUCCAUCCCACACACACGACUUUCCCAAACAUGCACUUAUAAUAAUACAAGCUCCUUUCAC